AUGGUGGCAGCUUCAACCUACGCGGUCGCGCACCAUCAUGCCCUGCGAAAGGCAAAGUCCCUCUCGCGUCACGUGCUACAGGGCAUCAGUGAUGCCGAGAAAGCCAUCGUCGCCGAUGCUGAAAAAGGCCGCGCAGCCGAGGCGUCGGAACGCGAGGAGCAAGCAGCUGCGCUGAAAGUCAGAGCUGACACUUGCAUGGAGGUGGUCAAGAUGUGCGAGAAGUGCAACGUACAAGUUGAUGACAUGCUUCGGCAGAUCGGCCAGUGUCUGCGACGCCUUCAACAUGCUAGAUAUGCUCAAUUUGCAGACCUGAAGGUCUGCCAGCAGCGUCUUUACUUGCGGUCAGAUGCUCCUUCCGAGGAGAUGGCCGGCGAUGCUGCGCAGAAUUCUUUGGAAGAGCAGCGGGUGUGCAUAAGUGAGGCGAGGAACGAGCUCUUGAACCUUGAGGGCGAAUGCCGGCGGGCCUUAGAGAUGAUUGGACAGCUGAGACUCGACCUCUCCAAGGAGGGCGCCUCUCAGCGACACAGCGCCGAGCGCUGCCGUGCCGUGGUUGCCAUCCUCCUGUCAGUCUCGGCCGACCCAGCGGAAGGCCAGCGGACACAUGCUAGUGGGGGGUCUGAGCUCGAGCUCGUGUCCAUUAGACCAUACUAG